AUGUUUAUACCAGAUCUAGUGUGUCUGACACAAAAUGACAAAAAAAUAUAUAUCCUCGACUCAUAUGUGCUGGAUGAAGUGCCAAAAACAGUCACCCAGAGAACGAUCAGAGUUACACAAAAAUUCUUUUUUCUCGAACAAUGCUGGAUAUCCAUUGAUCCUCUGACUCUAUUCCUGGCACAAAAGUGUCAUGCCUGUAAUGUGACCGAAGAAAAGCCAGCUCCCACUUUGGCCGAAGUGGUUAGAAAGUUAAAUACUGAAAAGCUCAUCGAAUUUUUACGUGGGGAAGAAGACUUGCAACUCGUAUCAAAAUCUUGCGAGAUCAGAUCACCGGCCGUGCAUUCCUCAAUACGACCAAAGCAGAAUUUCUUGGUUAUGUUAAGGAAAAAAAUUGUGUUUUCGUCGUACCGCAGUCUAAGAGACGUGUUAUUAAAAUAUAACCUCGACAGUGAUGAUACUUUGUUCAUGAAGCAUUACAGGUCUUUAGUCUUGGAUAGCUUGGAAUCCAUGCAAAACGAAUACGUAUCGACAUCACUUCACACAGCUCUCUAUAUCGCACGAGAAUAUGAAAUCGUUGGUGAUGAAGGUCCCAGACGAGUUGAUUAUGGAAUCAAGGAGUCUGAAAACCUAAUCUGCGUUACCGAAGAUAAGGUUCAGCGUAGUAUACUUGAAGAGAUUUCUCAAGCAAGUGAGAUUCCCUAUAACAUCGAAAUCAACAAAAAGGCUUUGGAAAAAGACUCAGAGGAAUGCCAAGCAUUGUAUAAGGGUGUGAAAAAGGUAUUGAGUAUAAUCGUGGGUUUGUUAAAGGACCAGAGAGGGUCUGUACCCGAAUUUGUAAUUUAUGUUUUGGUUAAUAAAGAAAUGAAUUUUCCCAAUGUACCAGACAACAUGGAUGUGAUUACUAACAUCGUGUUCUCGUGA